UACAGUAUAUUUCAAAAUUAUCUACCGCCACAAGAUGCAUGAAAACAUUUACAUUAAUGCGCAGAACAACAACUAUCAACAAGUAACAGAUAAUAAGUAUAAGAUACAUGCGAUUGAUAAGAGAGGUGUUCGCUGUAUUGCAGUUCUCACUGUCCUCCUCUCCUUGUCUUUGCUGGUUAAUGUAGUGUUGGGAUACAAGUAUCAUAACACUGACACAAAUCAGGGAUGUGAACUAGUAACCAACAUUUCAAGUCCAGUGUCCAACACACAAACAACUAAAGAAGUCAACAAGCCAUCAGUGAGCUGUUCAGAUAAAGAUUUGCUGGGUAAAUGGGUUCUGAACAAGGACAGAUUUUAUGUUUUUCAUGAUGAAAUAAGGAACUGGAUCGACAGCAGAGACCACUGUCAGACCCUGAACGGAGACCUGGUCAUUAUUAAAAGCAAAGAGGAACAGGAUUUUCUUGCUCAACAAAUAGUCAAGCUCGAUGCACCGGCACUACACUGGAUUGGCCUGACUGACAGCCAAACUGAGGGGGUGUGGCUUUGGGUGGACAACACCCCAUUAAACGACAACCUCUCGUGGUGGAUCUUCCCUCCUGAUAACCAUCCUAGAGAUGAUCCUUUGGGUGAAGACUGUGCUGUAUUAAAUGGCUUUUCAAAAGGAGAAAAAUGGGGAGACAUUUCCUGCUCAAAGAAGGAGAAAAGCAUUUGCGAGAUUCCAUGUUAUUGAAGACUAAUGUAAUCAUGAUCAUAUUCAUGGUCUCAGUAGUGAUAAGUUUAUGACUAUAUAUUAAUGUAAUUAAUGUCAAUUACAAGUGUGGAGAAAAUUAUCAUGAAUGCAUUAAUGUUUUGUAUUGUUUUUUAUUAAUCUUAUUUUUGCUUAACAAAAACAGGAGGUUUGUUUGUGCAAAUGCUUGUGACAGGAAACGUGACCUGCUCUGGAUGAACUGAUAUAUACUUGCGUAAAUAUAGUUCAAUAUUAUGCUUUUGUAAUAAGCAUAUUAAAAAAUAUAUAUUACAUAUACUUCUCCAAAUUCUGUUUAAAAGUAUGGCUGAUGAAUGAGAAGCAUAUUGAUUUGACUUUCAGCAUGUCUUGUACUUAAACAUAAUUAUGAUAUGGAAUAAUGAUAUGUCCAUACAUUUUUUCAGCAUUAAACAUUUCAUUUGUC